CGAGAAGAGGAGCCGCGCGAGAAGCACGCACGAGCUCGAAGACACAAUGUCUCCGCUCUUCGCCGCCAUCUUUUUGUUAGGCUUGAGCGUGGCCAACGCCAUCAACUUCAAAACUGUCUACCAGUGGGAUAAACUUGAUUACGUCUGGCCAUCAGAAGCAAGCAGUUCAAUUGAACGGAUUAAGCAAAAUUUUAAACCCGAGGAUGUUGCUCUUGAAUUCAUGGCCGUUUUUCGAGAAAGACUUUUUCUAAGCCUUCGUAUAAAAUCUGGAAUUCCCGUCACCCUGGUGUCGCUGCCAAUCACAUCGACUGCUCCUCCGAAGCUUGCUCCUUUCCCUUCCUGGGACUUACACAAAUUAGACAAGUGCGACACAAUUCAGAGGGCCUACGGAAUGGAAGUGGACACUGAGGGUCGGUUGUGGCUGCUUGACAACGGUAGCGGCAAUUGUAACAGCAAACUUUGGAUAUUCGACCUGCUGAACAACGACACCAUAGAGCGCGUUCACAAGUUCCCGGAUAUAAUUGUCUCUUAUUCAACGGGAGCGUGGAUGCAUGAUAUAGCGCUCGACAAGACGUCAGACGAUUACCUAGCGUACAUCACGGACUCAUUUUCCGAGCACCUCAUAGUUUACAGCCGAAAAAUGGACAAAUCCUGGUCAGUUAAAACCCCAGAGAGAAAAUGGCAAUACUUGGCCCUGUCUCCUAGCAGAGAGUCGUUGUACCUGAUUGAAUCAAUAGGUUCCAAAGACCUGUACUCGGUGUCUGUUUCUGAGCUGAAGAAUGGAGGCGGACGCGCUGCUGUCAAAUUUAUCGGCGAAUUUGCUAGAGGACCUUUCAGAAUGUUAAUCGACAAUGCCAAUAUCUUGUAUGCAGCUUUUUACGGCCAGAAUUACAUCUCGAAAUGGAAUAUUUCGGAGCCCUUUCGUGAGCAGCGAUUUUAUGAGAUCGAAUAUCAGGGUGCUGAUCGGCCAUUUGCUUUUGCUCUGGACACGAAUGGAACUUUAUGGAUGACGGUGAGAAGUGGAUUCUAUUCGGAGAAAAAGCACAAACUGAUUAAGGCUGCAGUCGGCACAAGAUCACAAUAAUUUAACGCGUCGCUAUAGAAAUCCUUCGGAUGUCGUGAAAAGCAGGCAAACGACGACAGUUCUAUCUUUGCGUGGCUGACCUUGCGGAUGUCUAUACUAAUAUGACUAAUGGAAACUAUAACAUCUUUUGCAUUAAUAUAAAUAGUUAAUUAAA